AUGAGUAGACUAAUGGAGAAACCAACAGAGUAUGUUCUUUGUAAUGCACUUAGUUCUUGUGCAAAGACCGUGAAUUGGCAUUUCGGCGUACAAAUCCACGCCUAUAUGAUUCGAUCAGGGUAUGAAGAUAAUCUGUUCCUUAGUACCGCGCUUGUUGAUUUCUAUGCGAAAUGUUUUUGCAUUGUGGAUGCAAGGAAGAUAUUUAGAGCCAUGAAAGUGCAUGAUCAAGUAUCAUGGACUUCACUUAUUGUUGGAUUUUCAGCAAAUAAAUUAGGAAGAGAGGCCUUCUUGUUGUUCAAAGAGAUGUUAGGAACUCGUAUUAGGCCUAAUUGCUUUACCUUGACUAGUGUCGUUAAUGCGUGUGUCGGGGAAAAUGGAGUCGUUGAUUGUUGUCCAAGUCUUCAUGUUCAUGUCAUCAAACGAGGUUUUGAUACUAGCAAUUUUGUGAUUAGUUCAUUGGUUGAUUGUUAUGCGAGUUUUGGACGGAUUGAUGAUGCUGUGUUAUUAUUUAAUGAAACUAGUGAGAAGGAUACUGUUAUAUACAAUACAAUGAUCUCUGGAUACUGUCAAAACAUGUACAGCGAAGAUGCAUUGAAACUAUUUGUGGAAAUGCGCGGAAGAAAUAUGAGUCCAACUGAUCAUACUGUAUCUUCGAUUUUAAGUGCUUGCAGCCGUCUCGCGGUGCUUGUAGAAGGAAAACAAGUGCAUUCUCUGGUUAUUAAAAUGGGUUUUGAGAAUGUGUUUGUGGACAGCACUCUGAUUGAUAUGUAUUCAAAGGGUGGCGACAUUGAUGAGGCUCGACGCGUGUUGAAUCAGACUUCUUGGGGGAAUACAGUGUUGUUGACAUCCAUGAUCAUGGGUUAUGCUCAAUGUGGAAGAGGUUUAGAGGCUUUGGAAUUUUUUGAUUCUUUAUUAACCGAGCAAAAGUUGAUUCCUGAUCAUGUCUGCUUUAGUGCUGUCUUAACAGCUUGUAGUCAUGCAGGAUUUAUUGACAAAGGGGAGGAAUAUUUCAACAAAAUGAGAACAGAUUAUGGGUUGUCUCCUGAUAUAGAUCAAUAUACUUGCUUGAUUGAUCUUUAUGCUAGAAAUGGAAAUCUUAGGAAGGCAAGGGAUUUAAUGGGGGAAAUGCCUUAUGUUCCUAAUUGUAUAAUAUGGAGUUCCAUUUUGAGUGCCUGCAAGAUUUAUGGAGAUGUAGAGCUUGGAAGAGAGGCUGCUAAUCAGCUCAUUAAGAUGGAACCGUGUAAUGCAGCUCCAUAUUUAACUCUAGCACAUAUCUAUGCAAGAAAAGGUUUAUGGAAUGAAGUAUUUGAAGUUAGAAGCCUUAUGCAACAAAGGGUUAAGGGAAAGUCUGCAUGGAGUUGGGUAUAG